CGUAGGCUUCACAUAAGAGGACUACUACUAUUGAGCUCUGGGCCACCUUUCCUCUACACUCUUCAUCGCGUGGUCGACAACAUAUCAUCGCCGACAUGGGCCCCGAAGACAUGACUUUCGGCCUAGCCACGUCAUGGAGCAGCCUUGUGGGCUACCUGCUCCUGGCCAAGAUCGCGUACGACGUAGCUCUGGCCAUCUACCGGAUCUGGUUUCACCCGCUUUCCAAGUUUCCAGGCUCGAAACUCGCAGUUGCGACCUACUGGCACGAAACAUACUACGAUGUCUUCAAGGGCCAUCGUUAUAUUUGGAAGAUCAAGGAAAUGCACGAGAAAUACGGGCCCGUGAUCCGCACGAACCCAGAUGACGUGCACAUCCAUGACCCGGACUUCUUCGACGAGCUGUACGGCAUGAAACUCGACAAGUGGUCGUGGUGGACGCGCGGUUUCGCCGUGCCCACGGCCGGCGGGAUGACAGUUGAGCAUGAGGUUCACAGGAAACGACGCGGCGCGCUGAACCCAUUCUUUUCCAAGGCGAGCAUCAUCGCGAAUAUGCCCAUCAUCCAGGAGAAAUUGGGCGUCAUGUGCGAACGGCUGGACAAGGUCGCGAAAACUGGGAGCCGCGACGUGUUGGAUCUGGAGGCCGUUUAUUUGGCCUUGACCACCGACGUGCUUACACAGUGCAGCUACGGGUGGACGUACGACUACAUCCAUAAUCCGGAGUGGGCAAUGACGUGGAAACUUGUCAACACGGGUGGGCGAGCGAGCGCUGCGAUUGUGCGCUCAUUCCCGCUCAUCGGAGCGAUCGUGAGAUCCAUGCCGCUGUCUGUUGCGAUCAAGCUGGUGCCGCCGGUGGGCUUCAUGAAGUCCUGGAUGCAGCGUGUCGGGGUCCAGGUCAAGAAGAUCAAAGCUGAUCCGGAAACCAUGAACAUGAUCCGCUCCGACAAGCGGAGGAAGGAUACUAUUUUCGCGCAGAUCUUGUCGACUGAUUUACCCGAGAGUGAACUGAGUGAUCAAAGGCUAAUUGACGAAGGGGUGCUGAUUGCGACGGCGGGAUCGGAGACGACGGCUUGGGCGAUCACGAUUACGACGUACCAUAUCAUGAAGAACCCGGAGAUGAGGAGAAAGAUGCGGGAAGAGUUGGCGACGGUGGAGAUACCUAAGGGGGACGUGGUAGCGCCGUGGACGAGCCUUGAGCACUUGCCGUAUUUGACGGCAGUGAUUAAAGAGGGGGUCCGCAUGGCGGGUGGAAUGUUGUCGCGUCUACCGCGUAUUUGCGAGAAGGACAUCGUCUACAAAGAAUGGGUCAUACCAGCUGGCACGCCUGUCGCGAUGACUCCGCAUUUGGUGCUCAUUGACGAGAAGGUAUUCCCGGAGCCGAGGAAAUUCAUACCUGAGCGCUGGCUGGAUCAAGCGGGUGAGGGCAAGACCACUUCAAGGUUGGACAAGUAUAUCGUGGCGUUUGGAAAGGGCUCAAGGAACUGUAUCGGGAUGCAUCUGGCCUACGCGCAGCUUUAUAUGAGCCUGGCGGCGAUGGUGCAGAGGUACGAUCUGGAGAUGUACGAAACGGAUGAUAGUGACGCUACGCCAACGAGGGAUCUGUUUACGGCGGGAGUCAAGUUGGAAAGCAAGGGGAUCAGGGUGAUUGUGCAUGACAAGGAUGAGAAGUCGUGAGGUGUGAAGAAGAUACAACAGCCAAGGAGUAUUCAACAUGUGCACAAUAUUGUACUUAGACACGGGUGAACGGGCGUGACGGGGAACAUGGG